CAUCCUGAUUCCCCAACGGCCGAACACGCUAUCGGACACUAAGACCAACAGGGCGUUUACCGAAACAACAACAAAUAAAUAAGGGUCCCCUAAGAACUGCUAAAAUGCCUAAACACAAUCGCGGUUUCAGUUUCGGGAGCAAAUCUUCCAAGUCGCAUCGCUCCAGCAGUUCUGCCAACAGAGUCGCUCUUGCGGAAAGUGCUGAAGAAAAGCAGAGGCGGAAUUUGCAGACCAAGGCUGAUCCAACGCUGGCUAUGAGUGAAUUGCAGCCAAGUACGCUUUUCUUCAACACAACCACACUAUCUUUUCAGUCGCUAAUAAGUUCUUCAGUGGCGGUCGCGCUUGAAAAGUCGAAUCUGGGAAAUUUGCGCGAUAUGGCGCACAAGGAUCAGUAUGGGAAUAUCAUCGUCGACCCUGACCACUCCAAUCCCACUCGUCCUCGUCUCGAACGUCCUCUGGAUACUAUUCGAUCCUUUGAAAUCGCCAUCGAUGGAACCUACGCCAGCAACAAUGCCAACGCCAACGCCAGUCGACCCACCUCGUUUGUGAGAACUGCCGAUGAACCAUCACCAGGUGAUGUCAGCCGUCGCACGAGUUACUUCGGAGCCAACGCGCACCCCUCCCGUCGUAGCAGCUACAAUGGCCACAACCAACCCAACAACUACUACCCCUACCACCAAAACACCCACCCCCAUCGUCCGCGCCAUCCCCGCAUGACCUCCAACCAGGCCUACGGCACCCCGCGCAACGCCUACGCACAGAAUGGUCACCAAAACAGCUACCAGAACGGCUAUCAGAACGGCUAUCAGAACGGGUCGUACGAUAACAUCACCCCGUCGGGCUCAGGAUCCGGAUCAGGAAGCCACUCUGAGCCGUACAAUGGCACCGACCCCAGCUCUGUAAACAGUUCUAUCGACCAGCUCCAGCAGCAACAACAACAACAACAACAAGGCAAAGGGCAUGACCAGCCAAUCGGACAACCAAUGGUACCGCCUGCCCCGCGACACGUAUUUGGGUCAGCACCAAUGCCAGAUCCCAGCGCCGGUGGACCAGUUGGUGGUCAGCAAGCUGCGGCGAUGGGUAACCGGCGGCAUCUGCGCAAGGCGACGAAUGAUUCCGAAGCCAGUGUCGGUAGCAGUAAGCGCAAGAGCUGGUUUAAGCGGAAAUUCAGCAAGUCUUGAUCUGAUUGUAUUGCUACUAUCAUUCUUGUUUAUGUUUAAUACUUCGCGGAUGUAAUAUCUUUUUCUGUCACGGUUAUGGGUAUGGUCUGGUAUGCUCAGGAUGGGCGCGGGACAUAUGGCUGUUUUUAUCAUUUAUUGUUAUGCUUACGAGGUUACGAUCGAUACACGGAUAUUUUAGUUCUGUUCUACUGUUAAUAGCACCGAAUACUAUAUGUCAGGAGUUUUGCUCGUCAUCACGCAUACUCGUAAUCGUUAACUUUGGAUAAACAAAGUCUACUUCCCAAACCCAAACAAAUGUUUCACUUUAUCCAGCAGCCCCAUCCCAAUCCGUUUCCUCUCCUCCUUCUUCUCCUCUUUCUCUUUCGCGUGUUCUUUGUCCAGGUACACGUUUCCUUG